AUGUCUUCAUCAGACCACUCAGCAAGUACCCGUGAAAAAGCACUAGCAGCGCUGGCGCGAUUAACCAAACAGGAUACACCCCGCCAUCCAUCCAAGCGCACCCCGAUAAAGAAACUCGCAACAAUCUCGCUGAUCGCAUCGAGAAAGCUCUACAAGAAGCUGACUUGCGCACCUGGGGCUUCCCUAUCUAUCGAUGCACGUAUCAAAAUGAUGCCGGCUGGGCCGAAUUUUUAA